AGUCACAUUAAAAAUCUGAUUUGUAGAGUUUCUAACCAAUUAAACCAUAAACAUACACUAAAUAAUUAUCAUUAUAAUUGUUAUAGCUAUCAUUAUCAUUAUUAUUAAACUAUUAUUCAAAUUUAAAGCUUAGAUUAUAACGUUCAGUGUCAUAAAGCUUUAUACACGUGAUUACUCAAUUAUUAAUUCAUUGCCUGGAUUUUUUUUUGUGAUUAGAGGAAUCCAGUACAUCAUAUACAAAUAAUUACCAUCAGUAUUGGUAACUAAUUUUUUUCUACUAUCAAUCAUCUUUCAAUACAAACAAACAGUUCUAUUCAUAUUUUUCAACUGUGAGCUAUGUUAACAAUGCAACCAAAUUAUUAUGGUACACGAGUUGAUACACGUCUUGUUAAUGGUCCAGUUCUUAAUUCACAAUUAACAAAUUAUUCACAGAAUCAACAGUUAGCCCAUCAACAACAACAACAACAACAAUUGUCACAACCGCAACAUCAUUAUCCUCCUCCUCUUCCUUCUCAUCAUCAUCAACAGCAACAACAACAACAAACACAAUUGACGCAAUCACAACAUUUACAUGAAUUACGUUUACCGUCAAUUAUAUCACCGACAACGUCAACUAGUAACAAAAGUAAUAAUGAUUCAACAAACUGUUCUGAUGCAAUCAAUAAUAUUAAUUCAUCACCUGGUGAACGUAAUUUUUCAUUGUCAAGACAAUUAGGACUAAGACGUAAUAAAGUUGGUAAUCAAGAUUGGGGACAAACUAAUCUUGAUUGUAAUAUGAAAGUAGGAUAUGCUACAGUUCAGUCACCAACUGUCACAAAUGCAAUAACCAUAACACAUAAUGAAGAAAUAUCAUCUAAGCCAACACGUUUACGUCUUAAUUGUGCCGUAACAAAUGACCAUUCACCAGUUGGUUCUUCACCAUCACCGACAAUUGCAACAAGUCUAAACAAUAAUACUAAUAAUAAUAGUAUGAAUACAGGAAUAAUAAAUCAACAUUUUUAUUCAGAUAUAAAUUUAAUUCGACAAUCAAAUGAUUUGAUCUCUUCUACUGCCUCCAAUGUAUAUGGACGUAAUGGACCGAAAGAAUUAGAUUAUCUAUUAGCAGCGAAUGCAGCCGCUGCUCUUGUUAGUCAACUUGGCGGUGCCACCAAUGUCAAUAAUAAUAAUCAUUCACCUAUUAACAAUUUAAAUCCAAAUUUAACCAUGGAACAGUUAAAUAAUAGUUCUAAGUUAAUACAUCGUGAUAUUAACUCACUUGAAUCAUUUACAGGGAAGAAUUUUUUUAUGUCUAAUGAAUUAAAAUAUAACGGUUCUACUAUUACUACUACUAAUAAUAAUACUAAUGGAAGUAAUAAUGAUAGCAAUAGUAGUGGUAAUAAUAAUAAUAAUAGUAAUAAUAUACAUUUAUCAUAUGAUGACCAACAACGACUUAUAUACUCUGAUACAGAACAAAAAUAUCCUACUUCAAAUCAAUUGAAAUCAUAUCCAAAUGGUUUAUUAAAUCCUUUCAAUGGAACUAAUUUUAUACAUCCAACAAUUCAAUCAAAUUCAUUAAUGACUCGUCAUUCAAAUAAUAAUUCAUUUCAAUUGAAUACUACUAACGAUAGUAACAAUAACAGUACUACUAAUAAUGGUAACGAUUCACGAUCUCAUCUAUAUGAUAUAUCAACUUUCAACACACAAAAUCCUUAUUCUUUAACAAAUACAUUGAAUUUCAAUUCACGUACAAUGCAUAAUCAGUUAAGUAUGAAUGAUUCAAUGAAACUAAAUGGAAAUUUAACAUUACAUGAUACAAAUUAUCAUGCCUUAUUAAAUGGAUCAUCAUCAUUUGGUAGUACAGUAUUUCGAUCAUUAGUGAAUUCAGAGAAUCAAUCAUAUUUGAACAAUUCUACUAAUAUGUUAAUGAAUUCAUCUUUGGACAAUAUUAAUAAUAGUAAUAAUCAUUCUACAUUGAAUGAUAAUAGUAAUGAUUGUAUUGGACAAUCAUUACGUCAAGGUGGUAAUUCAAAUGAAUCCAAUGUAGUUGUUUAUCCUUGGAUGAAUCCUAAAGGAACUGAUAUUAGCGUUGAUCAGAAACGAACCCGACAAACCUACACUCGUUAUCAAACUUUAGAGUUAGAAAAAGAGUUUCAUUUUAACAAAUAUUUAACACGUAGACGAAGAAUUGAAAUAGCACAUACACUGACAUUAACAGAAAGACAAAUUAAAAUUUGGUUUCAAAAUCGUAGAAUGAAAUGGAAAAAAGAUCAUAAUAUAGCUAAAUUAAAUGGUCCUGGUACAUUGGAACAAUUAGAAUUAGCUGAACAAAGUUCGACGAUUUCAACAAUUGGUCGAAAAAAUCAUAAAACUUCGUCAAUCUGUGAUGAUAGUGAUGAAGAAUGUAUAAAACGUAAACGUUUAUCACUUGAAGAAUUUAAUUCAUUAGAUACAAUGUCAACUACUGGAAUUAUUAUGGAUCGUAAUACAUUUUCUAUAGAUCAUAAUAAUAUCUCUGAUAAAGAUAGAAAUUCGAAAAAUAAUUACAUGUUAACACAACGUAAUAAAUCACGACAUAUUCAUCGUGGUAAACAUGAUGGUGUUGAAGAUGAAGAUGAAGACAACGAAGAAGGAGAUGAAGAAGAGGAAGAAGAAGAUGUAGAAGAUGGCGAUGAAGAUGAUGAUGAUAUUGAUGAAGGAGUAAAUAGAACACGAAGAAAAGAACAUAACCGAAAUAUAAUGAAUGUAUCAAAUAAACAUUCAUGGUCUUUAAGUCAAUCAGAGAAGAUUGCUAAUUUUCAUAUUCCAGAUAGUAUUUAUUUAAAAGCUCAACAAACUGGAACUAAUACAGAAAAUUUAAUGUUUCGUAAUGAAUGUGACAAGAAUUGGCAUUCUUGAGAUUACAGUUAAAGAAUCUAAAAUUCGUAUAAAACUAUAAAUACAAAGUAUACUAUCUGAUUCUUCAUUUAUAUCAAUAUUCUAAUCAAAUAUGUUUUUGAAGAAAAAACACAACUAUUCUGUGAGAAGAAACAAAAAAAAUAAGAAAGUAGAAAAGAAAGCCCGUAUUAUUUCAGUGAAAUAAAUUCAACAACUAAGCUUUCUUCUUCAUUUGUACUUUAUUCUUUCAACUAACUCUUCAAUUGAUACUGAUCAGUUUCUUUUGAGAAAACAAACAAACAAAACAACUAAUCAUAUUGUCCAUUUCAUCAAAUCAACGAAUAUACACAUUGUAAAUAAUAUUACUUUUAUCAAUAGUCAAUUUCACUAUGGAAACUAAAUGACAUGAUUUGACUACCUCAAUAAAAUGCAGAAUAACAAAUAAAAUCACUUUGGUAACGCACAUCUUUUUAGUUUUUAUGGUAUCAUUCAUUCAAAAUACAGUAUAUUAUUAAUUCAUACGAUUUUCAUUUUAACAAUAUAUCAAUGAAUUGAAACGUAUAAACGCAAUAUUAUCUAACUUUAUACUCACUAUCUAUUCAUUAUUAUGUGAAUAUCUUUCAUUUCUAUCUUACAAUUCAACUUGUUUAACUUAUCAUUCUUCUUUUUCUUGGUUACUAUGUUAAAUUUUAAAACAAUUUGAAAUUGUUUAUUCAUAGUGUCUUUAAUCAUUUCAUAUAGUGAAUUCAUGAUACUUUACUCAUUCUCUAUAUCAUUUUUGAUUCGAUUCAUUUUUUACCGCCUCAUAAAUUUGCACUCCCACUCCUACUCUCUCUCUCUCUCACACACACAUACAUGAGCAUCAAACCAUUCUUAGCAAUUCAUGUUUUACCUGUGGUUCACUGAUUUCUUUCUUUAUUUCUUUCUUCUAUCAUUCUUACAUUUGAGUGAAAAUUAAUCAUUAACUGGUCAGUUUAUUGAAUGUACAUGAUACAUGUGAACAAGAAUAAGAGAGUGAUAUGCUCCAGUUUGUGUCAUAUUGAAGAUAAUGACUAAUAGACAGAGUUUUUUAUACAAUUUGGAACAUGUUAUCAAUGUUAUCCUAAAUUGGAAUAAAUAAGUCGGACAAAAUGAAAAGAUAAAACGUACUACUUACAAAAUGUUUAGUUCUUACAAGUAUCUUUUGUCACUUCUUUAAAAAUAAAAUUGUAUUUAAACACAAUAAUUUGACAUAAUACUACUAACAAUGAUACUAAUAAAUAAAAGAAUACAAUGAUUGUUAUCUGAUUUAAUUGGGGUUUAUAUAUAUAUAUGACUUGUUUUAUUCAACUGAAUUCCCCUUUUUGUAUUUAUAUUACUAAAGAUAUUUGUAUGAUGAUAGUUUACGUAUAAUCUGAAAGUAAUGCUUAUUUCGAAUUCAUAUUAAUUUAAAGAAUAGAAAAGAAAAUUAAAAUGAACUACUUAGAUACUACUUAAUUAACUUGAAACUUUAUAUCAAUCUAUACUACUAUUAUUAGUAGUAUUAUCUAUAAGAUCAUGAGUAAUAUCUUUAUGUAUGUUAUUUGUAACAAUUAAAAUAUAAUUUUUUUGGAGCUAAUAAGUUAAAAAUUCAACUAUUUCUCUUAUGUACAAUUUGUAUAGAAUCAAUCAGCUUAGAAUAAGG